AUGACUCCAUUCCUGAUUGUUUCCACAUCUAUAUUCCCCAUCAUCCUCUCUGCUGAGGUUCCUGAUAAACACUGUGAAGAAUUUGCUGUUUUCAUCGCCAUACAGUGUCGACCCCCCAAAAAACGAGCGUUUAGGACACAAAUAGUUGUAGAUGUCGGGGUAUUUCACGUCGACACGGAUCAUUUCUCAAACAAAAGGAAGAUCAAGAAAGAGAAGGAAAGCGGAGAUCUGAGGAUUGUUUUGUUGGGAAUGACUGGAGUUGGAAAGAGCGCAACCGGAAACACCAUCCUGGGCAGAGAUGCGUUUGAAGUGGAUUUCAAUCCAGAGUCAGUCACUCAACAAUCUGAGGAAAAACAGACAGGAAAAGGUAGAAGAAGCAUAUCAAUAAUCGACACUCCAGGCCUGCAGGAUUCAAAAAGAAAGGACAAUGAAGUUCAGGCUGAAAUAGAGAAGUGUAUGGGCAUGUCCUCUCCUGGUCCUCAUGUGUUCCUGCUGGUCAUCCGACUGGACGAAAAAUACACAGAGGAAAAGAUGAAGACAGUGAAAUGGAUUCAGAAGAACUUUGGAGAAGAAGCUGCUCGUCACACCAUCGUUCUGUUCACUCACGCAGAUGCACUGAGGAAUAGACCACUGAAAGAUCACAUAGAAGACAGUCCAGAUCUACGACAGCUAAUAAUCAGCUGUGGUGGCAGAUAUCAUGCAGUCAACAAUGAGGACAAAAAGAAUAAAGCUCAAGUCAAUGAGCUGCUGUUGAAGAUGGAUCAAAUGGCGCUUAGAAAUGAAGGGAAGCACUACACUAAUGCAAUGUACUGUAAAGCCCAG